AUGACAAAGUACGACUCCACAGUAUUCUGGUGGUGGACAAUAAUACUUCUAAUAACGAGGUGUGAAGGGGCUUUUUCUGGCUCAUUUGCCAACGCUACGGCCAUCUGUCAAACCGUCAACACAAUACCCAGGGAAGAACAGUGUCAAUAUGCCAUCGACCAUUGUCUGGGCGAGGAAAUUGGUAACAUAAAUUAUUUAACAUUAUACUACUGCUUUGAAUCAUCUACCAAAUCAAAUACUCUACUUAUACUCUCAGCGGUUGCCCUAGUGAUAUUAUUUGUAUCGUUAGGGUUAGCUGCUUCUGAUUUCUUGUGUCCUAACUUGAACUCGAUUUCCAAGUUCUUUCAUACAAGCGAAAAUGUCACUGGUCUCACGCUAUUAGCAUUCGGUAAUGGAUCUCCCGAUAUUUUCAGCACUUAUAACUCAAUGAAGAUAGGUUCUGGUCCCUUGGCAAUCGGGGAAUUAAUAGGAGCAGCAUUAUUUAUUUCAUCAGUGGUGGUAGGAUCUAUGUCGGUGAUUCAUCCGUUUAGAGUUGUGAAAAAGACAUUCAUUAGGGACAUACUCUACUUCUUAGUAUGUCUAUUGGUGUUUGACUAUUUUGUGCUAAUAAGGGGAAAUAUAUCCUGGAUUGGCUGCGUUACCUUGAUAGCUUUAUAUGUAUCGUACGUCAUCAUGGUUUUGGUAUGGCAGUUUAUAAAUUCCCGAGUAAAGGCAAGAAAACUAAAGGAUUUAAAGGCAAGAAGCCAGUACUUUGAUGAUGUGGAAUAUGAUCCGAUCUCAAACCCUUUGAAUGAUGAUGAUGAUUCUGGACAGCAAAGAUAUAAUGAAAACAACAUGUCUAAUGAAGGGGAUGAUGAAGAAGAUGAGAACCAGCCAGAUAUUAAUAAUCUAAUAAAUAACGCUGCAGAAGGAAGUGUGCAUCUUGGAUAUAACCCUUUCUUGGAUGAGGGACUAGAUGAUAUUGAUAAUAGAAGUCAUAAAAGUGGUGGUACUAAUACCAGCAGAAUAAUAAACAAUGGUGUAAGUGGGUUUCUCACAUACCAAGAUGUUAUUUCUCCUGGAGAAGUUUUUGGAGACGACAAUUUACAGUAUGAUAUUCACACAGAGAACGAUAAUGAAAAUUUUGAAGAGGAUGAAUUCGAUGACACCAUGGAUACCAACAAAUUCUUUGUGCGACCUUCUUUAAUGGACGCCAUUAAGCUCAAUCAAAAUGCUCAAAAAUCCAAACCUACCACCCCAGAGUGGCUCGAUGAAUCAAGUGCUAUAGAUAAUCAAAGCUCAAGUAAUGAAAGGAUUAGUUUACAUACUGUUGCGCAAGGCAUUCAUGACGCUUCAAUGGCGCGACCUUAUUCAGAGCCCAUCAGGCCCCCAGAGGAUAUCACUGUUGACAACAGAUUAUCAGUUUCGGAGCCUGCAUAUGAAGAUUAUCCUCAACUUUUUGACGGAUCUUCAGAAACUGAAGAGCUGUAUUUAAAUACACCGGUGGAGACAGAAUAUGAAUCAACAUCAAAUCACCACUAUUCACAAGAAAGGGAAUCCCAGUCAAAUCUUUCACAAGAGAGAAACAACAAAACCAAAAGAGCAAUGGGCCUCACAAAUUUGAAGUCAAAUUAUGACUUGGAAAAAUAUCUGGCUUCAUCAAGGCUAACCAUAAUUUUUUUUCCUUUGUUAUCAGAUUUUUCUUCUAAAUCUUUAGUUGAUAAGAUACUAACGUCGUCAGUGUUGCCUAUCUUCUUUUUUUUGAGAUGCACUGUCCCAGUUAUUGACUAUUCAAACUUUAGAGAUACUUCUAAACAACUUGCUGAGCUCCGAAACUUGAAGCUUGUUAAUGAAUUCACUAGAGAAACUAACGAUGAAGCUUUAGAUUAUGGCUCAAAAGUUUUAGAGAUUUUAUACUGCAAAAAGACGUUCGCUGAAUACUCGGAUGAAAAGAUUAUUCUUACCCUCCAAACAUUUACUUCAAUAAUUAUUCUUCCAUGGUUAGUAUUUGCGAGUCAUAAGUUUUACUUUCCAGUGGUUUUGCCAGUCUCGAUAGUAUUUGCUUUGGUACUUGCCAAAAUUAUUUUGAGAUCCUUCUCCCCAGAAAAUUUUGGCAAUGGAACAAUUUCAAACAGGCUACUUCUAGUUUUAAGAAUCAAGAAGGUUAUGUAUUUCACACUUUCGGUUCUUGGAUUUGGAAUGAGUAUGGCUUGGAUUUCCGAAAUUGCUGCCGAAGUGGUGACGAUUCUAAGGCUUUAUUCUGUGGUUUUCAAUUUGAGCGAGGCGAUAUUAGGGUUCACGGUAUUUGCAGUGGGUAAUUCUCUAGGUGACCUCAUUGCAAAUUUCACCAUUGCUAAAAUGGGCUUUCCAAGAAUGGCCCUUGCAGCAUGCUUUGGCGGUCCAUUGUUGAAUAUUUUAACCGGGGUUGGGGUUAGUGGAUUAAUAAUUAUGGCGACAAAUUCAAGUAUGAACGUUGGGUAUGAUCUUGAACCAAAUUUGACGUUAUGGAUAAGUAAUAUCACCUUAAUUGCCAAUCUAUUAUUUUUGGUCAUUGCCGUCCCAAGAAAUGGAUGGAAAAUGGAUAAAUGGGUUGGUUUGCUAACAAUUUGUUUUUGGAUAAUUGCCACCAUUAUUAAUAUUCUCAUUGAAAUAUUUUGA